ACCCUCGUUUAAGUCUUAACCGUAGGUAAGUAAACACUUCUCACUUACAAACCCAAAGCCCAAAACCCCUAACAAAGAACCUCACAGCAUUUCCGAAAAUCCUUUGCAAUCUCCGAUGGCCUCAGCAGCCGCCGCCAGAUCCAUAUUCCGGUCAUGCUCCGGCUCCGCUCGCGGCGCUGCGGCUCGUCUCGCUCCCCAAGCUACAUCUACAGCUAAAACGGCUCGCUCUCCCUUUCGCAUCCCAACCAGAAAUUCUCUCUCUAAGUCCGCUUUCAGGUGUCCUGUUCAAACGAGUUUUUGUGUGGAGUCAAUGCUGCCAUACCACACUGCGACUGCAUCGGCUUUGAUGACAUCAAUGCUCUCAAUCUCUGGCGGCACUUACGGUUGGCUCCCAGAUGCUUGCAAUGAUGAUGUGUGAUGAAUGCCGAGGAUUCAAGCAAAGUUUUUGUACAAAAUUCUUCAUUAUAAGACAGUGACUGCUGAUAAGUUAGAAGUUUUGAAUGAGCUGCAGAAGAUACAAGUUGAAUAUCCUGAGCUCCAAAACUUAGAUGAACUAGUGCACUCCAUUAAUUUUUGUCAAUGACAUAAAGGCAUUAGUACUAUUUGUCUGAUGAUUGAUGUUUGAUAUGUAGCCCAUAGACUUUAAAUGAGAAGAUGUAUUGCAGAACAAUGAAUUCAGUUAUUUCUUCUUUCUUCAAAGAUUUUUGCAUCAAUGUUAAUAAGCUCAAUGUAGCAUUGUACUAA